AUGCGUGGCCUGGCCUGGCUCACCGCUGCGAAGAAAGACCUGGCAGACUGCAGGGGGAAAGCUCGGAAGCUGCUGAUCUCGGCCCUGAAGACCGGAGAGUCGAGGAGGAGGGAGCCGCUAGUAACGACAAGCACGAGUAGUGGGCCGGUUGUUUGUUUCCCGUGCCUGUUAUUUUCAGUAUCUAGUGGAACUGUAUGGGUAGCAGGUGGAUACAGUGAUUUAAAUAAUUUGCCUAAUGCUUUAAACAAGCACGAGAGAUCUGCUGCGCAUUAUGAAAGCCAAAUAGCAUUGAAGACAUUUGGGUCUACACGGAUCGACUUGCUCAUAGAUAAGCAGAAGCAACUUAGCAUCGAUAUUCACAAUGAAAAAGUUAAGGAGAACAGAGAGAUACUAAAAAAGUUAAUAUGUGCUACUUGCUUUUUGAUCAGACAAGAACUUGCUUUUCGCGAUGAUAAUGAAAACAAAGAAUCGCUAAAUCGUGGAAACUAUAUUGAGUUACUGAAAUAUACAGCAAAAUUUGAUGAAAAAUUGGCACAUAAUUUACAAAGUUCAUCCAUUUUUUUUGGCAUUUCUAACAAGAUACAAAAUGACUUGAUUGAAGCAGUAGGCACAGUUGUAGAAAAUAAUAUUAAAGAAGAGAUCGCAAAAGCCCCAUUCAUUGCCAUAGAAGUGGAUGAAUCCACUGUUAUUUCAAAUACAGCUCAGUGCUCUACAGUAUUACGGUAUAUAUUGGACUCUGAAAUUAAAGAAGCAUUCAAAGGCUUUGACAAACCUAAGGACAGAACUGCUACUAGUGUAACAGAAUGCAUAUUCAAUAACUUAGACAAAUAUACUUGUGCUGAGAAACUUGUAGCACAGACAUACGAUGGAGCAAUGGUAAUGGCAUCAAACUUAAAUGGUAUUCAGGCUAAAGGAAGGGAAAAGGCACCGUCAGCUUUAUUUACCCACUGCUGUGCUCAUAAGUUGAAUCUUGUUCUGUCUCAGUCAGCAAAAUUCAUACCUGAAUGUACCGGCCUUUUCAAGACCAUUGACGCUCUUGCCUCAUUUUUUAGUCAUUCUACAAAACAAACGCAGUUUCUUGAUGAAAUAAUGCAGAAACGUAUUCCAAAGGCAGCACCAACCAGAUGGACUUCAAACUCAAAGCAAAUUCUAACUAUUUUGCAAUAUCAUGGAGACCUCUGUAAACUUUUUGACAGCAUUAACAGCAAUCCUUUAUUGUGGGAUCCUGAAACUUUGGUGAGGAGCAAUGGGUGUUAUGCUUGGAUAACAAAAGAUUCUACAUACUUUCUUCUCAUGGUUUAUAAUUAA